AUGGUCAAGGUAGCAGAAAAUCGAGUUAAUGAUCUAGACGUUUUUCCAAGUGAUCCAAAAGCCAACAAACUUGUAGAUCAAACACAGACUGCCGUUGCAGGCAAGAUUCCUCAAGACCAAGCCAAGGGGAUCACCUCGAAUACACAAAGCGCAGUCCAAGCCCUCGGUGGUACGGUCGGUGGCGGAGUUAAAGGCGUAGUUGACGCCGUUGGCAACACAGUCGGAACACUCGGUGAGGGUGGAGUGGGUGACGGUGUUGGAAGCACAAUACAAUUUGCGGGAGGAGCUCUCGGUGCAGGUGCAGGAAAGGUAGGAAGCAUGUUGUCGGGCAACAAGUCGUGCGAGAAUGCCCUCGAGGCCCAGAAGGAGAGAUUACAAGCAGCCACAGACGAUACAAAGGACAUCGACGCCGACUUACCAAAAGCGGUGGAAGAAAACAGUAAGGACGCGAUGACUGCGCAAAGAAACAGCUCAAGA